AUGAGCUUUUCCCAGCCGGACCACACCAACUACAACACCACCACCAUCUCCGACACUUUCUACGCGACGCCGUAUCACCCGUACGCCUCGUACGUCCAGCCCCUUGCACUGCCUUACUCUACGCCUCAACCACCGGUGCAAUACGCCAUACCAGUACCAGCCGCUCCAUCUCUUCUCGACUACUUGCGUCCACAGGCGUGGCGGAAUAUGCCACAGCAACAGGAACGGUCCAGUACCACUAGCAACCCGAGUCUCGACAGCUCGGCACAGUCCUCUGCAUACAGUGAAGUAGCAGUAGUAGCUGCCGAUGCGUCGGUAGUCGCUGUUGCCGAUGCGUCGGUAGUCGCUGUUGCUGAUGCUGUUGCUCCUAUUGAAGCCAGCAGUACUAUGGAUGAAAGCGUCGCGGCAUCGUCUGGAGCACCUCCGAUUGCAAUUCGAAGCACUGUGGACACUGCGGUAGAGACCAUGUGGGAAGCCCGUCGUAAACGGGAAGAAGCUGAAGCCGAAGCUGACCGGAAGCUGCUUGAUGCAGUGUGCAAAGCCUCUCUGGCGGAAUAUAAUGAACGGGAGCGAGCGCUCAAGACGUUUGCGUCGGAAACGUCGCAGCAGACGCUCGAGCACGAGACAUCGUCGGUGGCGCUGCAGCAGGCAAAGGGGGAAGCCGAGCAGCGCAAGCGCGCAGCUAUGCAGGUGGUGAUUGACAGCAAAGCACGUGCCAAGCAGAUGAGCGAGAGAGCGCGCGACGCGACGUCAUUGUACGAGCAAAAGACCAAUGAACGGCUCGUGAAACAAGCGGAACUCGAGACGCUCAAGUUGCGUGAGGUGCAAGAAGCGGAAAUGCACGAGAUGCAGCAACGCAAGCAAGAGGCGAUGCUCAAGCGCUCAGAAGCCGAGCAAAAGGCGCGCGAAGCUCGGGACAAGGCCGAGGCAAUGAGGUGCCGGGCUUUCCAGGCAGUGUCUACCGUUCGGGCAAACACGCGUCGGCAGAUUGAGACGCAGCUUAAUGAAGAGGAGGCGCAGCGUCAGCGUGAGAUGCAGCGCAAGCUGGAGGAGAUUGGAAGGGCAAGGGAGCUGGCACAUCAGAGGAGGGAAGCCGCAGCCAAGAAGGCAGAGGAUGCACGUCGUCGGGCCGAUGAGCUCCGUUUGAGAGCAGAGCAAGCCCGAGCGGGGCUCAAGUCGUCGACAGCUGCCGCGUCGUCGUUUUUGGCUUAG